UUCAGUCCAGAACUCACUUCACUAUUCUUCGAGCAGCCACGCAAGUACGUCGUGCGUGCGGAGCAGAGAAAUUUUAAGUGUUAACCGUUAAGUAAUUUAUUAAGUUCACAAUCACAAAAUGAGGGAAAUCGUACAUAUCCAGGCCGGUCAGUGCGGAAACCAGAUCGGAGCUAAGUUCUGGGAGAUCAUCUCCGACGAGCACGGCAUCGACCCCACCGGCGCCUACCAUGGCGACUCUGACUUGCAGCUGGAGCGCAUCAACGUGUACUACAACGAGGCCUCCGGCGGAAAGUAUGUGCCCCGCGCCAUCCUGGUCGACUUGGAGCCCGGCACCAUGGACUCUGUCCGCUCGGGUCCCUUCGGACAGAUCUUCCGCCCCGACAACUUCGUGUUCGGGCAGUCUGGCGCCGGUAACAACUGGGCCAAGGGCCACUACACAGAGGGCGCUGAGCUCGUCGACUCGGUCUUAGACGUCGUGCGCAAAGAGGCAGAGUCCUGCGACUGUCUGCAAGGCUUCCAGCUCACACACUCGCUCGGCGGCGGCACCGGCUCCGGCAUGGGCACGCUCCUCAUUUCUAAAAUCAGAGAAGAAUACCCCGACAGAAUCAUGAACACAUACUCCGUAGUCCCCUCGCCCAAAGUAUCAGACACAGUAGUAGAACCCUACAACGCAACUCUCUCAGUACACCAGCUAGUAGAAAACACAGAUGAAACUUUCUGUAUCGACAACGAGGCUCUCUAUGACAUCUGCUUCCGCACGCUCAAACUAUCCACACCUACGUACGGCGAUCUCAACCACCUGGUUUCGCUCACCAUGUCCGGCGUCACCACUUGCCUCAGGUUCCCUGGUCAACUGAAUGCGGAUCUCCGCAAAUUGGCCGUCAACAUGGUGCCGUUCCCACGUCUGCACUUCUUCAUUACUGGCUUCGCGCCUCUCACAUCCCGCGGCAGCCAGCAGUACCGCGCCCUCUCUGUGCCCGAGCUCACACAACAGAUGUUCGACGCCAAGAACAUGAUGGCGGCUUGCGACCCCCGUCACGGCCGCUACCUCACCGUGGCCGCCAUCUUCCGCGGCCGCAUGUCCAUGAAAGAAGUCGACGAGCAGAUGCUCAACAUCCAGAACAAGAACUCUUCCUACUUCGUGGAAUGGAUCCCCAACAACGUGAAGACUGCCGUGUGCGACAUCCCACCCCGUGGCCUCAAGAUGGCCGCCACCUUCAUCGGUAACUCCACCGCCAUCCAGGAGCUGUUCAAGCGCAUCUCGGAGCAGUUCACCGCCAUGUUCAGGCGCAAGGCUUUCUUGCAUUGGUACACCGGCGAGGGCAUGGACGAGAUGGAGUUCACGGAGGCCGAGAGCAACAUGAACGAUCUGAUCUCCGAGUACCAGCAGUACCAGGAGGCCACCGCCGACGAAGACGCUGAAUUCGACGAGGAGCAGGAACAGGAAGUCGAAGACCACUAAGCGUUAAACCCUAGCGCGUCAAAGUGCAUGCCAUUAUUGAUUCCUAUACUGUCAUGAAGAUAUGCUUGCUAAUUUUUAACAGAAUGCACGACUAAACAAAUUCCGGUCAAGAAAAUGUGAAAAUAUUUAAAUUAAUACAUUCCGCGUGAUUCCAGCACGUUACAUGAGAUUACACUCAAGGACUAGUCCCAACUGUGGGCAGGCUUAAACGACUGCAAGCACACAAAGGAGUCAGUCCAAAUCUUAAUCAACACUCAUAAUGGGCACUGCCCAAAUAACUUUUAGAAAUCAAUGUCUCUGUGCAGAGUAUGCAUGGAGCCAGGUGAAGCACCAAUACACAAAAUGCUGGAGUGCACGGGUGUAGCAGAACAUCGCAAAAUCGACCUGGUCUCCCCAGCCUCACUUCAAGAAGUUUAUGGCAACCUAGCUGGUCUUCUUUAGGCUUCUUGAGUGAGCUUGGAUGGAGUGAUUCAACCCAGGGGUUCUUCACACGUUGAGUUGACUUCUGCAAGCCUCGUUGAGUGUAAGUUCUGAAAUGCAAAAGGCUGAUCAAUAUACAUAUUUUAUGAAUUAUGUAUUGAAUUAUAAGUUUGGCCAUUACCAAACAUUAUGUCGGCUUUAAUAACAGAAGUUUUAUUAUGAUUAAAAAUUGUUUCGAACUUAAUUUAAGGUAAGUUUAUAA